AUUCCCUCUCUCGGACUCGGGCUCCCGCCACACAUCGUCAAGAUGGUGUACUACUUCUCCUCAAACACUGUUACGCCCUCAGCCUUCAUCUACGUUGGCAAAGACAAAGUUGAAAAUGAGGAGCUUAUCAAGUUUGGCUGGGAUGAAGAUGUCUGGUUUCACGUCGAUAAUCUCUCUUCGGCACAUAUCUACGUUCGACUUCCUGAGGGCGAGAGCUGGGACAAGAUUAGCGAGCCAUUGUUGAUUGACUGUGCGCAGUUGACAAAGGCGAACAGUAUCGAAGGCAACAAGAAGGACAACAUCACAGUCAUCUACACACCAUGGUCGAACUUGAAGAAGGACGGGAGCAUGGCCGUUGGUCAGGUUGGGUUUAAGGACAACAAGAAGGUCAAGCGUAUACAUGUUGUAGCGCGCGAGAACCCUAUUGUGAACAGGCUCAACAAGACAAAGGUUGAGAAAUUUCCGGAUUUGCGGGAAGAGAAGGAAGCUCGGUUGCGCGAGCUGAGGAAGAGGGAUCAAGGUGCUCGUGACGCAAGACGAAAGGAGGAGGCCCGAAUCGCAAAGGAGCGCAAGGAGCUCGCAUGGCAGCGAGACCAUGCCUACGACGAUAUGAUGUCGGAGGAGAACAUUGCGAAUUCAAGCAACCAGGACCGGGACGAGGACUUCCUAGACGACUUCAUGUAGUGCGUUGCAGUCGCUUUCUUCCUCCAGCGACAUUUAUAGCAUGGGUAUGCGGCGGACAGGCGUUCAGCGACGGCUUCGGUGAAAGCUUAUUGCCCAGGGUCUCGCGAGGUCAUGAAUGGGAUACAGAUUCCCAUGUUUUCGUUCAACAUGCGAAUGUUGUGGUUGAAGGUAUCGUAGGCGGUCGUGCGGAUCUCGAGCUCUUCACGAGUGCUGCUCUCAUCAGUACUUGUCGAGUAAUCAUUGCAUCGACAACACACACCGAGCCCUGGUCUUCCCCCUC